AUGGCUGCAGUCGUAUUGAUCACCGUCUACGGCUCUAAUGGCGCCACGAUUUCAUUGGUGUGCUCCAAAACAAAGGUAGCACCGCUCAAGCGGCUCACCAUCCCGAGACUUGAACUCACCGCAGCACUGCUGCUCUCAAGACUCAUGCAAUACGUUCAAGCCACAUUGAAGUUGAACGUCACAGCAACUCACCUGUGGACGGACUCUGUUGUGACACUCACGUGGAUCAAAUCUCAUGCACCGCGCUGGAAGGAUUUUGUGAGAAAUCGAGUUUCUCAAAUUCAAGAGCUCACUGCGAACGCACAUUGGAAAUACGUACCAGGUACGUCCAACCCAGCCGACUGCGCAUCACGAGGAUUAAGUACUGCUCAACUCCAAAGCCACUCAUUAUGGUGGACGGGACCACCGUGGAUACUCACCCCUGAAGCAUGGCCAUCACAACCCGCACUUUCGGACGAGUUGAGCGCGCAUGAGGCUCGUCCUGGCAUUGCGCUACAUGCGGCCGCAUCUCAACCGGACUAUCACUGGGACCUGAUAUAUAGAUUCAUAUCGCUUCUGAGAAAGCGCCGAUACAAGCCACUGGACUUGCACUCAGUUUUGGAGGAGGCCAGAUUAUUCUGGAUCAAGGCUACUCAAGCGGCAUACUUCACGCAAGAGAUCAAGAUGCUCACGGCCAACUCGAGACUACCAACUGCUCACGCAUUCAGUCGAUUGACUGCGUACAUAGACGCUCAAGGGAUCAUCCGACAGGCGAUAUCCAAGUGGCAUCAUCCUAACAACAACAUCAAGAUGGGCUCCAUCGUGCUGCUCACCGACGAACGCUCUCCACCGUGCAAAUGGCCACUCGCCAGAGUAACAGCUUUGCACCCCAGCAAGGAUGGACUCACCAGGGUGGUUACCCUCAAGACGGCCACACGACACUCACUCGGCCAAGUGCCAAGCUUGCCAUAUUACCCAUUUCAACCGGAUAAAGGAUCAAGAGUAAGGAAUCAUCAACAAGGUUGCUGA